AUGAGUGCUGCCUUUGCAGGGCGUGCUACCUUCGCAGGGAGUGCAGCCUUCGCAAGGAGUGCUGCCUUCACAGAGCGUGCUGCCUUCUCACGGAGUAGUGCCUUCGCACGGAUUGCUGCCUUCGCAAGGAGUGAUGCCUUCGCAGGGAGUGCUGCCUUUGCAAGGAUUGCUGCCUUUGUAGGGCGUGCCGCUUCGCAGGGAGUGCAGCCUUCGCAAGGAGUGCUGCCUUUGCAAGGAGUGGUGCCUACGCAAGGAGUGCUGCCUUCCCAGGGAGUGCUGCCUUCGAAGGGAGUGCGGCCUUUGCAGGGAGUGAUGCCAUUGCCGGGAAUGCUGCCUUCGCAAGGGGUGCUGCCUUCGCAUGGCAGUGCUGCCUUCGCACGGAGUGCUGCCUUCGCAGGGCGUGCUGCCUUCGCAGGGAGUGCAGACUUCGCAAGGAGUGCUGCAUUCGCAGGGCGUGCUGCCUUCGCAGGGAGUGCUGUCUUCGCACGGAGUCAUGCCUUCGCACGGAGUGCUGCCUUCGCAGGCAGUGCUGCCUUCGCAAGGAGUGCUGCUUUCGCAAGGAGUGCUGCCUUCGCAUGGCGUGCUGCCGUUGCAAGGACUGCUGCCUUCGCAAGGUGUGCUGCCUUCGUAGGGCGAGCUGCGUUCGCAGGGAGUGCAGCCUUCGCAAGGAAUACUGCCUUCGCAAGGAGUGUUGCCAUCGCAGGGAGUGCUGCAUUUGCAGGGAGUGCUGCCUUUGCAGGGAGUGCUGCCUUCGCACAGAGUGAUGCCUUCGCAGGGAGUGCUGUCUUCGCACAGAGUGAUGACUUCGCUGGGAGUGCUACCUUCGCAUGGAGUGUAGCCUUCGCAGGGAGUGCUGCCUUCGCAUGGAGUGCUGCCUUCACAGGGAGUUCUGCCUUCGCAGGGAGUGCUGCCUUCGCUAGGAGUGCUGCCUUCACAGGGAGUGCUGCCUUCGCUAGGAGUGAUGCCUACGCACGAAGUGUUGCCUUCACACAGAGUGGUGCCUUUGCAAGGAGUCGUGCCUUCGCAUGGAGUGCUGCCUUCGCUAGGAGUGCUGCCUUUGCAGGGAGUGCUGCCUUCGCACGUAGUGCUGCCUUCGCACGUAGUGCUGCCUUCGCUAGGAGUGCUGCCUUCGCAUGUAGUGCUGCCUUCGCAUGUAGUGCUGCCUUCGCACGUAGUCCUGCCUUUGCACAGAGUGCUGCCUUCACAAGGAGUGCAGCCUUCGUACGGAGUGCCUCCUUUGCACAGAGUGCACAGGUUGAAGCCUUCACAUGGAGUGGAGCAUUUGCACAGACUGAAGACUUAGCAUGGAGUGCAGCCUUCGCAUGGAGUGCAGCCUUUGCAUGGGGUGCAGCCUUUCCAUGGAGUGCAGGCUACGCAUGGAGUGCAGGCUUCGCAAGGAGUGCUGCCUUCGCAAGGACUGCUGCUUUCGCAAAGGGUGUUGCCUUCGCAAGCUGUGCUGCCUUCGCAAGGAGUGCUGCCUUCGCAAAGAGUGCUGCCUUCGCAAGAAGGGCUGCCUUCGCAAGGAGUGCUGCCUUCGCAAAGAGUGCUGCCUUCGCUAGGAGUGCUGCCUUCGCUAGGAGUGCUGCCUUCGCAGGGUGUGCUGCCUUCGCACAUAGUGCUGCCUUCACUAGGAGUGCUGCCUUCGCACGUAGUGCUGCCUUCGCACGUAGUGCUGCCUUUGCACAGAGUGCUGCCUUCACAAGGAGUGCAGCCUUCGUACGGAGUGCUGCCUUUGCACAGAGUGCUGCCUUCGCACAGAGUGCUGCCUUCGCACAGAGUUUUGCCUUCGCAAUUAGUGCUGCCUUCGCAAUUAGUGCUGCCUUCGCAAUUAGUGCUGCCUUCGCAAUUAGUGCUGCCUUCGCAGGGAGUGCUGCCUUUGCAAGGAGAGCUGCCUUCGCAAGGAGUGCUGCCUUCGCAAGGAUUGCUGCCUUCGCAAGGAGUGCUGCCUUUGCAGUGAGUGGUGCCUUCGCAAGGGGUGGUGCCUUCGCAAGGAGUGCUGCCUUCGGAAGGAGGGCUGCCUUCGCAAGGAGGACUGCCUUCGCAGGGAGUCUAGCCUUCGCAGGGAGUUCUGCCUUCGCAAGGAGUGCUGCCUUCGCAAGACGUGCUGCAUUUGCAAUGAGGGCUGCCUUCGCAGGGUGUGCUGCCUUCGCAGGAAGUGCUGCCUUCACAAAGAGUGGUGCCUACGCACGUAGUGCUGCCUUCUCACAGAGUGCUAAUUUUGCACAGAGCACUGCCUUUGCAAGGAGUGCUGCCUUCCAAGGAAUGCUGCCUUUGCAAGGAGUGCUGCCUUCGCACGGAGUGCUGCCUUCGCACGGAGUGCAGCCUUCGCACAGAGUGCUCCCUUUGCUCAGAGUGCUCCCUUUGCUCAGAGUGCUGCCUUCGCAAGGAGUGCAGCACUCCCUGCGAAGGCAGAACUCCCUGUGA